AUGGAAGUAAAGAUGGCAAGAAGAACCCUACUAUGGUCCAUGAUAAUGGGGCUGGCUAGUUUUAUCACAAUUCAGGUGUACGGAGAGAGUUCUUCGCCGGCGGCUCAGUUUUCCGGCGGUCAUUAUCGUGAGCAAAUGCAGAAAAUGCAAUCUAUGAAGGCCUCUUUCCUUCGACGUGAUUUGGUAUCUCUCCCACCUAGCUCGAUCUCUCCAUCCCCUAGCUUUGCACAAGCGCCAUCACCAUCCGUUACACAAAGCCCACGUGUAUAUCACGUGACAUCGUACGGUGCAGACCCAACUGGGCAAACAGACAGUACAGAGGCACUUUUCGACGCAAUAACGGAUGCACUUGAAGGUCCUAGUGAUGGCUGGCUGAUGGAAGGGAUAGUUAAUCUUGGUGGUGCACACGUCGAUCUUGAAGGUGGAAAUUACAUGAUUACCCGUCCCCUACGGUUUCCGGUGGCCGGCCGAGGUAACCUCAUGAUUCAUGGAGGAACCUUAAAAGCUUCAAACAAUUUUCCAACCGAUGGAUACCUGAUUGAUUUAUCAGCAACUAGUGGCUCCGAAUAUAACUACGAGUAUGUAACUCUAAGAGACCUCAUGCUGGACUCCAAUUACAGGGGUGGAGGCAUACAAGUGAUGAACUCACUCAGAACAAGUAUUGAUAAUUGUUACAUUGCCCAUUUCACCACUACUGGCAUCUUAGUCCAAGGUGGUCAUGAAACCUACAUUCGGAACUCUUUCUUGGGCCAACACAUCACUGCAGGUAGGGAUCCUGGUGAAAGGAAAUUCUCAGGCACCGCAAUAAACCUAAUGGGCAACGACAAUGCUAUCACGGAUGUGGUUAUUUUUUCUGCAGCCAUUGGGAUAAUGAUUUCGGGUCAAGCUAACACUCUUUCCGGGGUACAUUGCUACAAUAAGGCUGCUGGUUUUGGUGGUACGGGGAUUUAUUUGAAAUUGCCUGGUUUGACACAAACCAGGAUUGUGAACUCUUACUUAGACUAUACCGGAAUCGUGGCUGAAGAUCCUGUGGAACUUCACAUUUCGAGUAGUUUGUUCCUCGGAGAUGCAUAUAUUCUUUUGAAAUCGAUAAAUGGUGUUGUGAAUGGAGUAAAUAUUGUCGAUAACAUGUUUUCAGGCUCGGAUAAAGGGGUUGAAAUUGUUCAAUUGGAUCAAAGGAAUGGACCUUUCAAAAUGGUUGAUCAAGUUGUUAUCGACAGGAAUAAUGUGAAAGGCAUGAAUGUGAAGGCCACUGUUGCAAGAGGAAGUGUUCAGGGGAAUGGUAGCUCAUGGACCAUAGACCUCAAUCCAAUUCUACUAUUUCCUGACCUUAUAAAACAUGUACUAUACACAUUAAUCACAAGCGACAGAUCCUUCCCUAACCAUGCUUUGAGGAAUAUGUCUGAUAACCGUGUCUUCAUCGAGGCGAAUGUUGCAGUUCCAGCAAGUGUUUUUGUCAUGGCAGACCAAGGAUCAUCAUAUUCAACCUAACCUAAUUCUUGGGUCCUGGAUGUUUGGCCGAAGAAUUGUGAAUAGGUUGGAAAAUUAAUUAGUAGACUAAUUCAUGGGUUAUUAUUUUUCAAAGGAAUUCACAAAGAAGAAUUUCCUUCCAGUCAAUGAAAAUCUCAGCAUACUCUUGUGAUGGAAUAUUUAUGCUCUGUUGAAUUCCAAAACAGAGUUUCUUCUUGUCUUGCUUAUUGAGAUCAGGACACUUGUCUAAAAUGUUAACUUUCGUAAACGGA